AUGGGGCCAAAAAAACGAUAUGCGUAUUGAUGUGUGACGGGAUGUAUGUACAAAUGCACUACGGGUACGCCCGAUGGGGAGGGAAUGAUGAAAACGGUGCAGGGCGGGGAAGUCACUUUUUGGGCCGUGCGACCGACCUAAUAGGGGGUUCCAAUACACCCACCCGACUGGUCGUGCAUACAUAUCGGGAUGUGCCGACAAUCGCCCCUGUCCGCAUCCCCGCUCUACACUCCCAUGUCCGAUCCCCCUUCGACUACCGCCCAGCAAGACACUCCAAGAACUCGGCCCCCUCCCACGUCACACUCGCAUACCGAUCGAGAUGGAUGGCGAGAUGGGCGGCGAGGAUGUGCGGACAUAUGCGUGUGUGGUGUGACGGUUUCGAUUGGGCGAGGGAGCAUGUGCAGAAUGGAAUGAAGGGGAGGACUGUGAAGAAGUCGGUUUCGGCUUCGAUUUGGAAGAAGGAUCUGUUGGCUGGUCCGUUUACUUUCGUUACGGCCUGUGUAUCGAGGUACCUCAACGCGGCGGUGGUGGUGUCGAGGUCGAAGAAGACCGCUAGCCUGGAAAGGGUGGAAAGACAAGGAAAGUGUUGGGAACUGGGGAUUGGGGUGCUUCAGCGAUAUCCUGUCCUGCAUCAAUAUCUGGCACACCAAGGAGUUCCGAGAUGGUCACAGUUUUGGACCCCAUCUACACCGUAGGAUGGACCUCGUAUCGCACACCCGUCUCCCUCCUAGCCAUCUUUCUCUCUCUCCCUUGGGCCGCCCGGCCCCACUCACGUCCAGAUAUCCUUGUCGGCCCAUUUCCGGGUUUCCGUCGGCACGAGGGCGAUGAUGUCUGGUAUAGAAAGCAUUGCUGGAGCGUUUCCUUUUUCUUCGGUUGAGCGAGAGCAGACGUGCUGUGUGCUGGGUGCAGUAGGAGACGGAGCGAGAGUGGUGUGGACUCUCGUGAGGGGGGAAGCCUAUGAAGUAGAUGAAGCAGGCCCAGAGGAACGCGUGCUCGACCCGAGAAGCAGCACCCACCCAGG